UGUUAACGCAGAGUUAAUCAUGGAAGUUCUGGAAAUACUUGACACGCCACAGAUUUUAAAACGGAUAUAUAACGAGGUGUAUGGGAUUACAACCUACGUGGAAAUGCUGCGGGAUGAUGGUGGUUUCAAAGUGGCUAUAAUUCAAGAAGGGGAUGCCGACACGUACCGUACGUUUUUGGCUGAGCUGGUCGUUUGCGUACAAAAGGGUACCAGAUCACUUUGCGCACCGUUAUCAUUCGUGCAGCUUUCCUCUCAAAGAGAAGUUGUAGCACGAGUAAUUCAACGCAUUUGUGAAAAAAAGAAUAAUAAUGUUUUGGCCUUUGGUUACGGAUUAGUUGAUGAAAGCAGCACCACACAAGUUAUGUUUGCUCCAAAUAUUUGCAGUUUUUUCCCUAAUCCAACUACAGCAACAAUCAGCACCAGCAUUCUAUGGCAAACUCUUCUUGGCAGAAUAGGCGAUGAUGUUAUGAUGUAUUUGUUAGAGACCUGUUCACUGUUUAUGCUGGUUCCACCUGGUGGUUGUUAUCAAAUAAGUGGUAGGCCAAUCUACACACUUUGCAAUGAUGUUAACCAGUAUCCUGCAUUGGUUAAAGAAAGGCAUUCAAAAUCUCAAAACAAUGUUGUACUUCAGUUUGUUCAAAGAAAGAAUUUCUCUUCUAAAAAAAGUUAUUUGAUGCCGAACAAAUGGAAAAGAAACACGUUGAAUAAAGUUAAAAACAAAACUAAGAAAAUACAGGAAAGGUCUCAAUUUCCAAAAACAGACUCAAGCAAUCCAAUGUUAUUACAGGCUGCAAAGCAUGCCAGGUCCUCGAAAAGACUUUGUAAUAUGUCUAUUUUUGAACUUCCAAAUAUGAAACGCCAUAAAAUAUUCCAUAACAGGGAGCCUAAGGACCAUGUGUCAUUUGCAAAAAGUACAGCACUUGGAAAUGGUAAUUUUACUUCGACAGUCCAGAACAAUCUUAGGCUGCAACUGCAAGAACAUGAAAAUGUAAAAAAAAAAAUAAUAAAAGCACCAGAUGGAAAUUCUUCUAAACGCUUUGAAGAAAGUAACAGUAAAGUUGUCAUGACCCAAAAUGAAAGUUUUAAAAAACGGAGGUGUUCUGUUACUAUAACCCCUGAAAAAAUAUCCCUUUCAAGAAUUUUCAUUGAUUUUGGGAAGAUGUUGUAUUCAAGCAAAAUAUCCACAGAAGGCUUACUUAAAGACUUUUUGUUAAAUAGUUUAGAAAGCAGUAUGUCUGGGAGCCAUAAACUUAUACGAACCAUAUUUUUGAACAGCAGUACUUGUGAGAAAAGGUUUGAUCAUCUUGACAUGAAAAGGGGAGAUAUAAAGAACCUUCCCAAACGUUAUUGGCAGAUGAGAUAUGUCUUCAAAGAAUUGCUACAAAACCACAAGAAAUGCCAUUAUGUGACACUCUUAAAAAAACAUUGUCCUGUGAGAUUUAGAAAUUCAGGAAAUGCUAUUAACACAGCUAAUGAAAAUGUUGAAAAAAUGGAACAACAAAAGAGAGACAUCACAAAUCAAUUAUGUCUUACAUCCCUUCUCAAACAACAUAGUAGUGGAUGGCAAGUGUAUCGGUUUGCUCGAGAAUGUUUGCUUAAAAUAGUGCCUGAAGUUUUGUGGGGCUCAAGCCAUAACAAAUGCUGCUUCUUAAAAAGUGUCAAAGCAUUAAUAUACUCUGUCAAAUCUAACAAAAUAUCCUUGGCUGAACUAAUGUGGAAGAUAAGAGUCAAAGACUGCACAUGGACCCAUCUUACAAAAAACAAUGCCUUGGUCCCUGCAUCUGAGCAUGUGGUAAGAGAGAAAAUUCUUGCCAAAUUCUUCUAUUGGCUAAUGGACACCUAUGUGAUACAACUGCUUAAAUCAUUCUAUUACAUCACAGAGACAAUGUUCCAAAAGAAUAAGAUUUUCUUCUACAGAAAAAGUAUUUGGCAAAAGCUCCAAAACAUUGGAUUAAGGAAUCACUUUGAUCAAGUCAAAAUGCGUGCUUUGACACCAGAAGAAGUACAACAUAUGCAACAGCAGAAAAAUCCUAAUUUAAUUUCUAGUCUUCGCUUCAUACCCAAAACAAGAGGAUUGCGCCCCAUAUCAAAAUUUUGCUGUGCCUUGGGAGCACAGCAGAGCAAGCAAUGCAGUGAAAAAAAGAUCAAACGUUUCAACACACAGGCGCGAAAUCUCUUUAGUGUUCUGAACUAUGAAAAAAGCAGAACAUGUAACCUUGUAGGAGCCUCUGUAUUUGGUUUGGAUGAUAUCCACAAGAAAUGGAGAAAAUUUGUGUUGGAUAUGAAAGACUUUAAAUCUGACAAAGAAACAUUUUAUUUUGUUAAGGCUGAUGUGAAAGGGGCCUAUGAUACCAUUCCCCAUUCAAAGCUUAAAGAAAUUAUCUCAAAAGUAAUUAAAGCAAACACUGAAGAAGUUUAUUGCAUUCGACAAUAUGCCUCAGUUUGGAUGGACACCAGUGGUCAGCUAAGAAAAUCUUUUAAGCGACAUGUUUCGACAUUGGUUGAUUUUCUUCCAAACAUGAAACAAUUUGUCUACCGCUUACAAGACAAUAAAAUAAAGCAGGAUGCUGUUCUAGUGGAACAGAGACUUUCAUUGAAUGAAAACUCAAGAAAACUUAUGGAUUUUCUGGAGGAAAUAAUCUGUAAUCAUAUUCUAAGGAUAAAUGACAAAUAUUACAUACAGUGCUGUGGAAUACCUCAAGGAUCAAUAUUAUCAGCAUUGUUAUGCAGCUUUUUCUACGGUGACAUGGAAAAUAGCAUAUUUUUUACAACACAACAAGAUGGUGUCUUCCUGCGACUCAUUGAUGACUUUUUGUUUGUCACGCCUCAUCAGGAACAUGCAAAAAGUUUUUUAAAGAUACUUGUUGAGGGAAUUCCCCAGUAUGGUUGCUGUAUCUGCCCUCAUAAGACAGCAGUGAACUUCCAAACCGAUAACCGUCCGGAAUACUCAAAAGUGAAAGUGUUGCCAGCUUGCAGUAUGUUCCCAUGGUGUGGGCUUUUGCUUGACACACAAACAUUGGAAGUUUACUCUGAUUAUUCCAGCUACGUCUGUACCUCAAUUCAAUCCAGUGUGACAUUUUGUCACAGUGCAACAGCAGGAAAAAACAUGAGAGAGAAGCUGGUUCAAAUCCUCAGGCUGAAAUGUCAUGGACUUUUCCUUGACUUUAAGGUCAACUGUCUACGAGCUGUGUGCAUCAAUGUUUACAAGAUAUUUUUACUCCAGGCUUACAGGUUCCAUGCUUGUGUUUUACAACUUCCAUGUAAGCAAAGUAUAAGGAGCAAUCCAUCUUACUUUCUCACAGUGAUUUCUGAUGUGGCACCAUGCUUGUACAACUCUUUUAUAAGUAGUAACAAAGACAUAAACCUUGGUCUCCAGGAGAUAAGUGGUUUAUUCCCGUUUGAAGCUGCACAGUGGCUCAGCUGCCAGGCAUUUUCUGCCAAGCUCACUACUCAUAAAACUCUGUACAAGUGUCUACUUGGUCCAUUAAAAAUAUGCAAAGUACAGUUAUCCCGAAGACUAUCUAAAGAAAUACUUGACCUGCUAAAAGCAGUGACAAGCAAAUCUCUGCAUAAAGAUUUUAAAACAAUUUUAGAUUAAUUAUAAUUAAUCAAGUGUCAUGGGUUUAUAUUUCAAGUUAGUAAAAAGGUGUUUGAGAAGAAUUAAUUUGGUUUAAAAAUAAUCAUAGAAUAACACCAAC